CCGUCUUCUUUUUUUGACUACGAUUUACACUCGACUUCUCCCCCCUUCUUUCUUCUCUCACUUCCUUCACUCCCAUUUCUCACUCACAUCAAAAACCCUAAUCUCCAGUUCCGCCAUGGCCGAUCUUCCUCUGGACGACGACGCCGGAGGAUCAUCAUCCAGGCUCAAGGAUGACGAGCUCUGCAUGGAGAUCGACCCGCUGUUCCGAGAAAGCACCGCCACCACGGACGACUGGCGCAAGGCUCUCGCCAAGGUCGUUCCCGCCGUCGUCGUUUUGAGGACUACCGCUUGCCGCGCCUUCGAUACUGAGGCCGCCGGUGCUAGCUAUGCCACCGGCUUUGUCAUCGAUAAGCGCCGCGGGAUCAUCCUCACCAAUCGCCAUGUCGUCAAGCCUGGACCUGUAGUUGGGGAAGCUAUGUUUGUGAACCCGAUUUAUCGGGAUCGGGUCCAUGAUUUUGGGUUCUUUUGUUAUGAUCCUGCUGCAAUACAGUUUCUGAAGUAUGAAGAAAUUCCUCUUUCACCUGAGGCUGCUUCCGUUGGAUUAGAAAUCAGGGUUGUUGGUAAUGAUAGUGGUGAGAAGGUGUUCAUUUUAGCUGGUACUCUUGCUCGUUUGGAUAGAGAUGCUCCCCAUUACAAAAAGGAUGGCUACAAUGACUUCAAUACAUUCUAUAUGCAAGCUGCAUCUGGUACUAAAGGUUGGUCCAGUGGGUCUCCUGUGAUUGAUUGGCUAGGUAGGGUGGUGGCUUUGAAUGCUGGUAGCAAGUCGUCAAGUGCAUCAGCCUUUUUUUUACCACUGGAACGAGUUGUGAGGGCAUUGAAGUUUCUCCAAAAUGGCCGAGAUUCUUUUGGCAGAAAAUGGGAGGCAGUUUCGAUACUGCGUGGUACACUUCAGGUAACAUUUGUCCAUAAAGGAUUUGAUGACACACGACGACUUGGCCUUCAAAGUGAAAUGGAGCCGAGAGUUUGUCAUGCAUCUCCUCAGGAUGAAACUGGAAUGCUAGUUGUUGAAUCUGUGGUGCCAGGCGGUCCAGCUCACAAGUGUUUGGAGCCAGGUGAUGUACUUGUUUGCAUCAAUGGGGAAGUAAUUACCCAAUUCCUAAAUGUGGAGACAUUACUUGAUGACAGUGUAAAUCAGAAAAUUGAAAUACAGAUUGAAAGGGGUGGCAUACCAUUGACCGUAAACUUUCUGGUGCAGGAUUUACACUCGAUAACCCCUAAUUACUUCUUAGAAGUAAGUGGUGCAGUGAUACAUCCUCUCUCAUAUCAACAGGCUAGAAAUUUCUGCUUCCAUUGUGGCCUUGUGUAUGUGGCGGAACCAGGAUAUAUGCUCUUUAGAGCUGGAGUUCCUCGCCAUGCUAUCAUCAAGAAGUUUGCUGGACAGGAAAUAUCACAACUUGAUGAUCUAAUUUCAGUUCUAUGCAAGCUAUCACGGGGUGCUCGAGUGCCUUUAGAGUAUGUGAGCGACAUGGAUCGUCAUCGGAGGAAGUCAGUCCUGGUAACUGUGGAUUGCCAUGAAUGGUAUGCCCCUCCACAGAUUUACACCCGUGAUGAUAGUACUGGUCUUUGGACUGUGAAGCCUGCUUUUCAGCCUGAUGCGAGUCUACUUUCAUCUGCUAUGAACAUGCUUCUGAAGGAGGACAUCCUCAGGAUGAAUCUGAUGUCGAAGCAAAAAAAACGUCGAGUAAAUGAGGACUUUCCUUCUGAUGGUAAUGUCAUAGCCGACUGUUCCUUUCUUGACACUAACGAAGUUGAUCUGGACGAAGCAAAUACCGUGGAGAAUUCUGUGAAGAGAGAUUUUCAAGGUGAAAAUGUGGCAGCAGCUAAUUCUUCACUAGCUGAACGUAUUAUUGAGCCAACUCUUGUUAUGCUUGAGGUUCAUGUGCCACCAUCAUGUAUGCUUGAUGGUGUACAUGCAGAACAUUUUUUUGGGUCGGGUGUCAUUAUAUACCAUACUCAAAACAUGGGAUUGAUUUCUGUUGACAAGAAUACUGUUGCAAUAUCUUCAUCUGAUGUGAUGCUCUCAUUCGCUGCAUAUCCAAUUGAAAUUCCAGGGGAGGUGGUUUUUCUCCAUCCUGUGCACAAUUAUGCUCUGAUUUCAUAUGAUCCAUUGGGCCUGGGUGCUGUUGGUAUCUCGCUCGUAAGUGCUGCUGAACUGCUUCCUGAGUCUGCAGUAUGUCGUGGGGAUUCUGUUCAUCUUGUUGGGCUAAGUAGAAGCCUGCAAGCAACAUCUAGAAAGUCUAUUGUGACCAACCCUUGUGCUGCAGUAAAUAUUGGAUCUGCUGAUUGCCCACGUUACAGAGCAACCAAUAUGGAAGUAAUCGAGCUUGAUACUGAUUUUGGCAGCACAUUCUCUGGAGUUCUUACCGAUGGACAUGGAAGGGUCAGAGCUAUUUGGGGUAGUUUCUCAACUCAGCUAAAAUUUGGUGGCAGAAGCUCUGAGGAUCACCAAUUUGUGAGAGGUAUAAUAUGUACAAUCAGUCAAGUCCUUGACCAAAUCAUAUCUGGUGCUCAAGGCCCUCCGCUUCUCAUUAAUUGUGUCAAAAGACCAAUGCCUCUAGUUAGAAUUUUGGAGGUUGAACUUUAUCCUACCCUGCUUUCAAAAGCCCGCACUUUCAGACUAAGUGAUGAUUGGGUCCAAGUACUAGUCAAGAAAGAUCCAAUGAGACGACAAGUUUUAGGUGUGAAAGGAUGUUUAGCUGGAUCUAAAGCAGAAAAUCUGUUAGAGCAAGGAGACAUGGUAUUGGCAAUCAAUAAGGAGCCAGUCACAUGCUACCGUGCUUUAGAAAAUGUCUGUCAAACAUUGGGAAAAGAUGACAGAGAUGGAAAGCUUAGCAUGACCAUCUUCCGUCAGGGGCGUGAAAUUGAUAUUCUCGUUGAAACAGAUAUUAGGGAUGGAAGUGGCACUACUCGUGUGAUAAAUUGGUGUGGAUGUAUUGUUCAGGAUCCCCAUCCCGCAGUGCGUGCUCUUGGAUUUCUUCCAGAAGGUCAUGGCCAGUAUGCUCUCUGCCUGUUCAUUACCAGGUGGUGUCAUGGUAGCCCAGCGCAUCGAUACGGCCUGUAUGCUCUACAGUGGAUUGUUGAAGUUAAUGGAAAACAGACUCCUGAUUUAGAUGCUUUUCUGAGUGUCACAAAGGAAAUAGAACAUGGGCAGUUUGUUCGUGUACGGACCAUCCACCUAAAUGGAAAACCUAAAGUCCUAACAUUGAAGCAGGACUUGCACUACCGGCUAACAUGGGAGGUCAGAUUUGAUCCCGACUCCGCUAUGUGGCGUCGACACACAAUCAAGGCACUGGAUUAUACUUCUUGUCUAAUAAAGAACACAUGUUGUAAUCUGGUGGAAAUGUACUAUGACAUCCAUUGAGACAUCGAGUCAUAUGCAGGCAGGGAACUAUCCGCAUCAUUUAUUAUUUGUGUAUAUUAUCCUAUUCUGGAAUGGUAUUAUUUGAUGAGAAUUGUAAUAUAAAAUUUUAGCCAAGGACUCGAGACUCCAUAAACCA